UUUUUCUUCCGAGGCUGCAAAAAAAAUCAUUCUCACAGUUCGAUCGGUCGAUUCUAGUCGUACGUUCUCCAGCCCAAGAAGGACAAUUUUCCGGUCGUUACCGUUCUACUGUGCCGUUGUUCCUCGACUCCAAACAAUCCGCCGCGCGAUGGCCCUCAACAAGCUGAGCAUCGAAAAUGUGGACCUGAAGGGAAAGCGCGUCUUUAUGCGCGUUGACUUCAAUGUCCCAAUCAAGGAGGGCAAAAUUACCUCCAGCCAGCGUAUCGUGGCCGCACUGGACAGUAUUAAGUACGCGUUGGACAAGGGAGCCAAGUCGGUGGUGCUGGCCUCCCAUCUGGGUCGUCCCGAUGGUAACAAGAACCUCAAGUACACGCUGGCUCCGGUGGCCGAUGAGUUGAAGAAGCUGCUCGGCAAGGAUGUGACCUUUUUGAGCGAUUGCGUUGGCGCCGAGGUCGAGGCUGCUUGCAAGGAUCCGGCGACCGGUUCCGUUAUACUGCUGGAAAACGUGCGCUUCUACCUGGAGGAGGAGGGCAAGGGCGUUGACGCCACGGGAGCCAAGGUCAAGGCAGAUAAGGACAAGGUUAAGGUGUUCCGCGAAAGUCUCGCCAAGCUCGGCGACGUGUACGUCAACGAUGCGUUCGGAACGGCUCAUCGUGCGCACAGCUCGAUGAUGGGCGAGGGUUACGCCCAGCGUGCAGCUGGUCUGCUGUUGAACAAGGAGUUGCGUUACUUUGGACAGGCCCUGGACAACCCACCCCGACCAUUCCUUGCCAUCCUGGGCGGAGCCAAGGUCGCCGAUAAGAUUCAGCUGAUUGAGAACUUGCUGGACAAGGUCAACGAGAUGAUCAUCGGUGGCGGCAUGGCAUUUACCUUCCUGAAGGUGCUGAACAACAUGGAGAUUGGAGGUUCGCUGUACGACGAGGAGGGUUCCAAGAUUGUGCAGAAGCUGGUGGACAAGGCAAAGAAGAACAACGUUCAGCUGCAUUUGCCGGUUGACUUUGUCACUGGGGACAAGUUUGCCGAGGAUGCUGCCGUCGGAGCGGCCACCGUUGAGUCCGGCAUCCCAGCCGGCCACAUGGGUCUGGACGUUGGACCGAAGAGCCGUGAAGCGUUCGCCGCUCCGAUCGCUCGCUCCAAGAUCAUCGUCUGGAACGGACCGCCCGGUGUGUUUGAGUUCCCGAACUUUGCCAACGGCACCAAGUCGCUGAUGGACGGAGUUGUGGCCGCGACCAAGGCCGGCACCGUGUCCAUCAUUGGUGGCGGUGACACGGCCUCGUGCUGCGCCAAGUGGGGAACCGAAUCUCAGGUGUCGCACGUUUCGACCGGUGGCGGUGCUUCGCUGGAGCUGCUCGAGGGCAAGGUUCUGCCCGGUGUGGACGCGCUCAGCAGUGCGUAAGCUGCUUCUAAUCUAAUCAUUACCGUUUAAGUUGUGUAGAGACACCAACAUGUCAGACAGAACAAGUAAGAAAUUCUGGUCGUUUAACGUUAUAAUAGUUACAGUCUAAAUGAGCAUCCCCAAAAUGUUAGGUUUAAAAAACAUAAAAUCGUACAUGCUGUUAACAGGUCAAAAGUGGAAAUAAAUUAUGUGACGUAAUGAACAA